CGGCCGCUUUUGAAUGGCGCUGCUUGGGGGCCGCACUCUGGGGUUCGCGGAGAGGCUCUAGGCUGUUGGAGCUGCAGCUGGGGAGGCGCCGCUAUAUCAUGAGCCGCCGGGAUUUAAGAGAUUAUGGCAUCUGAAGCCCACAAUGAUAGAAAACGGAACCUUUUGCAUAUUGAGGGCCAUUCCAUUGAUCUUCCUAGGAAAAGGAUCUCUCAUUUCACUAAUAAGAACAUGAAGGAGGGUAAGAAAUCUCCAAAACAGUUGGCUGCUUAUACAAAUAGAACAGUUGGAUACACUGUGAAAAGUCCAGACAAACUGCACAAAGAAGUAUAUUACAGAAAGAAAGUUCAUCAUUAUUUUCCAAAUCCUUGUUACAGAAGAAAACACUUCCCUAGAAGCAGGGGCUGUGACAUGGCAAAUAAAGAAAAUGAACUGGCUUGUGCAGGCCACCUGCCUGAAAAAUUACGCCACGAAGGUCGUACAUUUUUACUCAACGCCAGUGAUUCUAGUUCUUCACAAACAGAAAGCCCAUCAUCAAAAUAUAGUGGAUUUUUUAGUGAGGUUUCACAGGACCAUGAGACAAUGGCACAGGUUCUUUUCAGUAGAAAUCUGAGGUUGAAUGUAGCUUUGACUUUUUGGAGAAAGCGAAGUAUAAGUGAACUGGUAGCCUAUUUGGUGAGGAUUGAAGAUCUUGGAGUGGUGGUAGAUUGCCUUCCUGUACUCACCAGCAGUUUACAGGAAGAAAAGCAGUACAUUUCACUUGGCUGCUGUGUAGAUCUGUUGCCCCUAGUAAAAUCACUACUUAAAAGCAAAUUUGAAGAAUAUGUGAUAGUUGGUUUGAACUGGAUUCAAGCAGUCAUAAAAAGAUGGUGGUCAGAACUAUCUGCUAAUACAGAAAUUGCAAAAGAUGGAAAUGUUCAUAUUUUAAAACAACAAUUAAGUGGAUUGUGGAAACAAGAAAACCAUCUUACAUCGGUCCCAGGAUACACUGGUAAUAUAGCUAAGGAUGUAGAUGCUUAUUUAUUACAAUUACAUUGAGAAGUGUCACCAUCUGAAGAGGCCUUCCUUAUUCAGAAUAUUCCUGGACUUUGUAACUUCCAGAAAGAGGUCUCUCCUGAGAACUAUGAACCAAGGAGGGAAGUAGAAUCUUCCAAAAAUGCCAUUUAAUGAAACCACUAAUGAAAUCCUAACAAUCUACUUCACAUUGAAGUGGAAAAAUAUCCACAAGGAGCAUCUUUGACUUCAAUGAGGUGAAAGUGCACUACGAAAAUCGUACGCCUUUGCUGCGUUUGGGAUUUGUAUGGUUAUUUGGGGAAAAGUUGUUUAAGUGCUUCUGUGUCUUAUUGCAGUCCUUCAUAUUGCAUAAAAAUGUAAUUUAUACUGACAUGAAAAGAUGAAAUGGGCAAGACAUUUUGCUGGGAACCACAGAGACCAAUCACCAUUAAUAUUUUUUUAAGAUUGUGUUUUAUAAAAAAAAAACCAACAAACCACUAAAUGUGUACAGCUACUUUGUGAUCAUAUUGAAAAGACUUUAAAGAUGUUUAAAACAAUGUAGCAAAUAAUGGAUAAUUUUUUCACACUGAGAUACUGUGUAAAGCAAGAUGCCUUAAUUAUUAGUAUAUUUGAAAAAGCCAAUAUAUUAUGUUACUUAUGUCUUUUAAAACAGCCAUGCAUACAGGCAUGAAAUCAGGGGUUUUACAGUCAUGUAGAAUAUUGAUUUUGGAACCUAUUUCACACAGUUUGAAAAACUUGAGGAUAUUUCUCUGAUUUUUGCCAGAAUGUCAGAGUAUGUGUGUGAGAGUGUGUGUGUGUCUGUGUGUCUGUGUCUGUAUGUCUCAGAAUAUAAAAAGCUGAAUAUUAAUUGAAUGAAUGUUUAACUGGAAAUGUCCUUAAAGUUAGCUAAUUUAUAUUCACUUUUUAAAAAUUAUAUUUGGAUUUCUGUUAUUUUCAGUUCCGAAUCAUUUAAACUCCUUUUAUUUGAGUAAAUAUAUUAAAUGUUUCUCUCUC